UGUGCCAAUUUUGGUGUUUGAAUUGCAGAAUCCUUCACUGCAAGUUCGGAAAAGUAAUCACUAAAAUUUGGGACUGUGCGUCCGAGUGCUGCCGCCAAGACCUGCUGCUGAAGAAGAGGGUCGGGCUGAUGGGCCUGGGGACCAUCCACAUCAUGAAAAAACCCGUCUGGCAGGGAAAACUGGAAGGUUUCUUGGUUGACAGUCCCGAGUUCGACGUGGACAAGCCAUUCCUGGUGGGGAACAAGCUCCCUCAUGGGAACAGACUGGUGCCUGAGCUCUCCAAAGCCGACGAGCUGCUCUGUGCUGAGGUUGCCCUGCGCCUGCACGUGCCCAAGGCCACUGUCGUGAUGUGCGUCAAAGCCACCAUGAGGGUCUUUGAGUGGGCCCUGUCCAGCGGGCAGAACUUCGACUUCGUGUUCAAGGACAUCGGCGUCCUGCUGUGCCGGGGGGGGCACGUGGACAUGAGGUUCUUCGAGGAGCUGGCCCGGGAGGUGGCUCAGUCUGAGAACCUGGCGGACAGUUUGCUCCAGGUGGGUCUGCUGCGCCUUCCAACUCUUGGGCAGCUUCCCAAGGUCCUGCUGAUCGAGCCUGCCCUCCUGCCCCCAGAGGGUCCUGCCUGGAGGAUGAGCCGUGCUGGGCUUGGAGACACCACGAGCGUGGCCUUGGUGUCCCAAAAGGCCGAGGUGGUGGGGAGGCUGAUGGAUGUGGACACGAUGCAGGGGCAGAGGAGGAGG